AUGCAGGCGUGGCAAAGAGACAAUUCGAAGAACCAUGUGCGCAAGGAGGCGUCCAUCUGCCACAUGCUCACGUUCAACAGUGCCAAGAAGCGCAUGUCGGUGGUCGUGUCGCUGUCCGCGACGAGAUGCCGCAUCUUCUCCAAGGGUGCGAGUGAGAUCGUGUUAGAGCUGUGCACGUCGCAGCUCCACUUAGACGGGUCCACGGCCGCGUUCCCCGCCGCCGAACGCAACGCCGUCAACGCCAAUAUCAUCGACAAGUACACGUCGCAGGAGUACCGCACGCUGUGUCUGGCGUUCCGAGACGUGGACGCAUCGCCCGAUGCAGUCAAGACGUGGCCCGAUGAAGAUGUCGAAAGGGACCUCAC